UCACCAACCAAAACUUUGCAUAGGCAUUUGCAUACCUUCCAUUCAUGCUGCCAAGGAGAAUUUGGGCUUUGCUCAACCACCUGUCUCGACAUUGUCCAGACAAUCACAGGUGGAUGGCCAUUAAGUGACUGUCCCCACGUUUACGGCGGCCAUGUGGAAAACGAGACGCAUUUCACUCCCCGGUGGAUUAUGUUGCUUUCUCAAGGACCCGCUGGAGGACGUGGAUUCUUGGAGCGAGUCGGUGGACAAUGUCCUCACUUGUAAAACCGCUCUGUUAGCUUUCCGAGAGUUCUUACGCUCAGAACACAGCGAGGAGAACAUCUUGUUCUGGAUGGCGUGUGAGGAGUAUAAAAAAAUUAAGAACGUGCCAGAGAUGAUCUCCUCGGCCAACAGGAUCUACUCGGAGUUUGUUCAAACGGAAGCACCUAAGCAGAUCAACAUCGACGGCGGGACCCGGGAAAAAAUCACAUCCAACAUCUCGCAACCCACGUUGACUUCAUUCGACUCGGCCCAGAAGCUCAUCUACUCGCUGAUGGCCAGAGAUUGCUACCCACGCUUCCUCAAGUCGGACAUCUAUCGAGGACUCCAAAGGAGAGCUGACAUAAGGUGACCGCUUUCGAGCAAAAAUGGCCUUCUUCUCGCUGUGGAUGUCUGAAAUGUUCCUGAGGUUCUCUUCCUGUAGACGGUUUUCAGCUUGCAUAACACACACCGAAUUCUUUGUUACAUAACACGGAGGAAGGAAUUUUACCUCCUCUCGGAUCGACAAGGUAAUUUGUUGAUACCACAAAGGGGAACUUUUAUUUUACAGCCACUUCUGCUUUCUCUUUUUUCUUUUGAUGAGUCCAAUAAGAAAAAUAGGACAAUGCAUAUGAAGGCCAUAUUUGAUUUCAACGACUGUACAAGUCAAAGUCUUAGCAUGA